GAGGGAGGAGAAACCACGUGUGACUACCAUGUACAGCACUGUCCUUCCUCGGCAGACUUGUUUUUGUAAGCUCGUACCCUUCGCAUGUAGCUAGCUAGCCUGUUAGCAGGAGAGGAACCACUUUUCUCACAGUCACGUCAGAGUCGCGAUUUCGACCAGCGGGUCUCUGUUGUCACCUCUGAAGCGCUAGGUGCCACACUGACCGCCGACCAUGGUGAGCAAGACGGAUGACAUCCCGGCGUCAGUGCCCAACUGUAAUCCGGUUGAUCUUGCAGAUGAAGGGGAUGGAGCCCAGGACAGUAAAGAAACCAGCAAGACGUCGAUGAAGGAUUCUUGCGCUUGCGGGCACAGUGCAGGUACAGCAAUGAUGAAUGGUGGCGGGGCGCAUGAGCACAUGGAGGAGGCAGAAUCCAAGCAGGAUGGGAGCGGUGAGGCGGAUGGAGGGGAGGAGUCUAACGAACAGGAAGUGAUAGUGAUCCAGGACACAGGAUUCACUGUUAAGAUCCAGGCCCCUGGAACAGAGCCCUUUGACCUCCAGGUGUCUCCACAGGAGAUGGUGCAGGAGAUCCAUCAGGUGAUGAUGGACCGUGAGGACACCUGCCACCGCACCUGCUUCUCCCUGCAGCUGGACGGUAACGUGCUGGACAACUUCGCUGAGCUCAAGUCCAUCGAGGGGCUGCAGGAGGGCUCACUGCUCAAAGUGGUGGAAGAGCCAUAUACAGUACGUGAAGCCCGCAUUCAUGUGCGCCACAUCAGAGAUCUGCUGAAAAGUCUCGACCCUUCAGAUGCCUACAAUGGAGUGGACUGCAACUCCCUCUCUUUCCUUAGCAUCUUCACUGAUGGAGAUCUGGGAGAUAGUGGCAAGCGAAAGAAAAAGGGCAAUGAGCUGGAGCAGAUUGACUGCACGCCCCCAGAGCACAUCCUCCCUGGCAGCAAAGAGCGCCCCCUGGUGCCCCUCCAGCCGCAGAACAAGGACUGGAAGCCUAUGCAGUGCCUGAAGGUCCUGACCAUGAGUGGCUGGAACCCUCCGCCAGGGAACAGGAAGAUGCAUGGCGACCUUAUGUACCUGUACAUAGUGACAGUGGAGGAGCGCCAUGUCAGCGUCACUGCCUCUACCCGCGGCUUCUACCUCAACCAAUCUACUACCUACACCUUCAACCCUAAACCAGCCAACCCCAGCUUUCUGAGCCAUUCUCUGGUGGAGCUGCUGAGCCAGAUCAGCCCUGCCUUCAAGAAGAAUUUCACUGCCCUGCAGAAGAAAAGGGUCCAGAGGCAUCCGUUUGAGAGGAUAGCCACACCUUUCCAGGUGUAUAGCUGGACAGCGCCGCAGGUGGACCAUGCUAUGGACUGUGUUCGAGCUGAAGACGCCUACACCUCUCGGCUGGGUUAUGAGGAGCACAUACCUGGACAGACCAGAGAUUGGAAUGAGGAGCUUCAGACCACCAGAGAGCUGGCCCGCAAAAACCUGCCUGAACGCCUGCUGAGGGAAAGAGCCAUAUUCAAGGUCCACAGUGACUUUGCGGCAGCUGCUACUCGUGGUGCUAUGGCAGUGAUUGAUGGCAAUGUGAUGGCCAUCAACCCAGGUGAGGAAACACGCAUGCAGAUGUUCAUCUGGAACAACAUAUUCUUCAGCCUGGGCUUUGAUGUACGUGACCACUAUCGUGAGCUGGGUGGAGAUGCUGCUGCCCACGCAGCGCCCACCAAUGAUCUGAAUGGUGUGCGAGCUUAUGGGGCGGUGGAUGUUGAGGGCCUGUACACGCUGGGGACAGUGGUUGUGGACUACAGAGGCUACCGUGUCACGGCCCAGUCCAUCAUCCCAGGCAUCCUGGAGCGCGAGCAGGAGCAGAGUGUCAUCUACGGCUCCAUUGACUUUGGCAAGACAGUCGUGUCCCAUAGCAAAUAUCUGGAGCUGCUGGAGAAAACCAGUAGGCCGCUCAAGGUUCAGAGACACGGGGUGCUGAACGAGAAGAAUGAGACAGUGGAGCUGUGCUCCUCGGUCGAGUGCAAAGGCAUCAUUGGAAAUGAUGGGCGACACUACAUUCUGGACCUUCUUCGUACCUUCCCUCCUGAUCUCAACUUCCUGCCUGUGGAGGGAGAGGAGUUGCCUCCAGAGAGCCAGCGCCAAGGCUUCCCCCGCCAGCACCGCCACCGCCUGGCUUGUCUUCGCCAAGAGCUCAUUGAAGCGUUUGUUGAGCACAGAUAUCUUCUCUUCAUGAAGAUGGCAGCAUUGCAGCUCAUGCAGCAGAAAGCAAACAAGGACACUAACAAGACAUCCUCCUCUGAUGCACCUGCUCUGCCCACAACAGAAACCUCUGAAAGCUCUUCCAUAACAACCACAGAGACUCUGACAGAUACGAAUGCUGAUGCUGCUCAGAUGCAGAAACCUGCUUCUGAUGCACUUCAGGCACCUGCUACAGAAGGAGCAGACCAGACAGAUGGCAGCACCUCUGCCACCUCACAGACAACGACUGCCAAUGCUGAAGACUCCAAGCCUGCCGCCAAUGGGCCCUUGGAGCCCACAGCCACACAGAACGGGGAGUGCAAGAGCCUACUGGAGGGUAAGGAGGCUGAGGAAAGUAUCCCGGAAUUAGCCCAGGCCAAAGAGCUGGCGGAGUCCUUAGUUGCCGAAGAUGGAUCUGGUAUUGACCCCAAAAGCCGUGAGGUGGUCCUCAAUGCCUGCAAGGCAGUUGGCUCAAUCAGCAACACUUCAUUCGACAUUCGUUUCAACCCUGACAUCUUCUCCCCAGGAGUGCGUUUCCCAGAGGACAGUGCAGAGGACGUCCAGAAACAGAAGCAGCUACUGAAAGACGCCGCUGCCUUCUUGGUGUCCUGCCAGAUCCCCUCACUGGUGAAAGAUUGCUUGGAUCACAGCGCCCUGCCCAUGGAUGGAGCCACACUGACAGAAGCCUUGCACCAACGGGGCAUCAAUGUCCGCUAUUUGGGCACUGUACUGGAGUUUGUGGACAAGACCCCUGCCAAGGCCCAGCUGGAACACUUCUAUAGAAUAGGAAUCAGUGAGCUGAUCACCAGAUGUGCAAAACAUAUCUUCAAGACAUACCUCCAGGGUGUGGAGUUGUCUGCUCUCUCUGCUGCUGUUAGCCAUUUCCUCAACUGUUUCCUGAGCUCUUUCCCUGACGCCGUUGCCCACUUACCUCCCGAUGAGCUUGUGUCACGCCGCAAGAACCGCAAACGUCGCAACAGGGUCCCAGGAGGUGGUGACAACACGGCGUGGGCUAGCCUGACGCCCAGUGAGCUGUGGAAGAACAUUGCCUCUGAGGCACAGAGCUACUAUCACUUCACCAUACAGUGUGAAAGUGUGGACCAGGCGGUGGAGAAAUAUGGCCUUCAGAAAAUCACUCUGCUCAGAGAAAUCUCUAUCAAAACUGGCAUCCAGAUUCUGAUAAAGGAGUACAACUAUGACAGCCGCCACAAACCCACCUUCACAGAGGAGGACAUCCUGAACAUUUUCCCAGUUGUGAAGCAUGUAAACCCCAAAGCCUCUGAUGCCUUCCAUUUCUUCCAGAGUGGCCAGGCCAAGGUGCAGCAAGGUUUUCUGAAAGAGGGCUGUGAGCUGAUCAACGAGGCCCUCAACCUCUUUAACAAUGUCUAUGGAGCCAUGCAUGUGGAGAUCUGUGCAUGUCUGCGCCUGUUGGCACGCCUUAAUUACAUCAUGGGAGACCAUCCUGAGGCUCUAAGCAACCAGCAAAAGGCUGUUCUGAUGAGUGAAAGAGUGCUGGGUAUCGAGCACCCCAACACUAUUCAAGAAUAUAUGCACUUGGCUCUGUACUGCUUUGCCAACGGCCAGCUGUCCACUGCCCUCAAGCUGCUUUACCGUGCCCGUUACCUCAUGUUGCUGGUGUGCGGGGAGGACCACCCAGAGAUGGCACUGCUCGAUAGUAACAUUGGGCUGGUACUGCAUGGAGUGAUGGAGUACGAUUUAUCUCUCAGAUUCCUAGAGAAUGCCUUGGCCAUCAACACAAAAUAUCACGGACCCCGGUCCCUCAAAGUGGCCCUCAGUCAUCAUUUGGUUGCACGGGUUUAUGAGAGCAAGGCUGAGUUCCGCUCCGCACUACAGCAUGAAAAGGAAGGCUACACCAUUUACAAGAAUCAGGUGGGUGAGGCCCAUGAGAAAACUAAGGAGAGCUCAGAGUACCUGAAGUACCUCACCCAGCAGGCUGUGGCGCUUCAGAGAACCAUGAAUGAGAUCUACAAGAACGGCUCCAAUGCUAGCAUCAUGCCCCUAAAGUUCACUGCUCCCAGCAUGGCCAGUGUCCUGGAACAGCUCAAUAUCAUCAACGGCAUCAUCUUUAUACCUCUCAGCCAAAAGGAUCUGGAGAACCUAAAGGCAGAGGUCCAGAGGCGGCAGCAGCUGCAGGAAUCUGGGAAGAUUGAGGAGCACAUUGAAGACAGCCCAAUGGAACUAGAGGACAAAAUUCCCAUUGAUGAUUAAAUGUCUAAAGCCCUCAACACAGCUACUUUCUGCUAGGGGGGAGGCCGUGAUGCAACAGCCAUGUCACUGAGCCUGUGGACCCAAGAAACCGAGCAGUCUAAAAUCAACAUUGAAAUAAAGGGGGGAGGUUUGGGUCAGGGCAGUCAAGAGAACAUCUGUAUGAACUGUAGGUAGGAGUUAAGGAAGGAAGGAAGGACAAGGAAUACAGAAAUUUCCUGCAAGGAAGGAAGGAAGGAAGGAAGUAAGGGAGGGAGGAGAAAGUGUGAACAACCUAGAAUCAAUGUAAUGUGCAAUCUGAAAAAUCCCCGGCCCAAGAACUUGGCGAGGAGGCAGAGCAAAAGCCACUCCGGUAUCUGCUGCUUCCCAUACGGUAGCGUAUGAAAGAGUGAUUGUAGCCGGGGAGGGAGACCAAGGAUGACCAUGACAUUGUAUACCAGAGCCUUAUCCACUGUACCAUAUACUCCCAAUACUGCUUCUGCUCAGCCCUCACUCCCCACAGCACUCUUAGCCCAGGACCACACUUUGCCCCUCCUCCAAGACACCAGGGCAUAGCAUUUCACUGUGGCCACCCCCCACUGGUGCUUGAAAUUAUAACGCACUCACCCUGUCCUAGAACUCAGGGGAAAUUUCUACUGUGCACUAAGACCAGAAAACAGUCACUAAAUUGGAGAUUUUUCACGUGGGGCUUCAGAAUGUAAAUUCCCUUCUCACUGGCUUUUUUGAACCGCUCUCCAGCAUUCAUCCAUCAUUCUCAAGCGUCCCUGAUGGUUAAUUAAAAUCGUUCCAUCAUUUUGUCUUUCUAUCAUCCCAGGUGGGUGCCUGCUGUGUCCUGUGGUUCCUAUUUGUGCAUACAGACACAGUGACACAUUUGUGAGCUUUCAAACAAUCGUUGAGAUUGAUUUGAUUUGCUACUUUUUUUCUUUCCUCCAGUAAAUAAAAUGGAUUAGCCUUUUGUAAAAGCGCACAAGAGGGUUAAGAAGCCAUUCUAGGCCUGUUAAUCAUUAAUUAAUUUAAGCCAUGUCUGUUUUAUAGAAAAUAUAUAAAAGUGGAAAAGAUGUAUAAAUCUUUAUUGGAUUUAGACCGGUACUUGAUCAAUGUUAAUGGAAACGCAGAUUUGAAAACGUCCAGCUUAAGCAGUAGAUUUAUCUGUCUAUAUACUAGCUGUGUUCAAUCUUCUAUUUUUCCACUUUGAAAGAAUAUGUGCAUGUGUGUGUGUACGUGUGACUGUGUGUAUGUAUGUGUGUGUGUGUCUCUGUAGUCUGACAGAAACUCUAUGGAGUUAGGAAUGCUACUGUUGCUGCUGCUGCAUAGUUUCACUAGAGGUUAAGUGAGCAAUGGCUUUCCAGAUGUUUUAUUUUUCUACACCUAGUAAACCUGUCAGAUGACUGUUGCUUUUCUUGACACAUUCAUGGCCAGCAAUGUUGUAAAUCUGCUUAUGUAUCAAUUGGCUACGACGUGAACAUCUUCACACUUGAUAAAUUUUGUCCCAAAUGAGCAGUUGGUGCUGCAGAAUAGCACCAAGACAAUAAAAGUGAAAUGAAAACAACUGCAUUAGGAGAAAAAAGGGGUUGUCAACAUUAGCUGUAGUGAAUAUGUUGUCAUUGGUUUAAUUUUUUCCCCCCCAUUGUUGAACCAUAUCUACUUGAGUGGAACUGAGACAAAACCAGCCAGGAGCGUCUUUCCUUGAGCAGUAUUUAGUGCACGUCCUCGUGCUGUUUGUGUGUGUGAACACACACACAGCACCACCAAAAAGUGGACAAAGAAGGGCUGCUUCAAUGUAUUGUACCAAAAAUGACUGAUAAAGGUUUGUUUGCGCUUGUAUACAUGCAAUGUGUCUCUCUCAUGGCAUUUUGUUUAAUUGUUGCCGUGUCUAAAUGUAUGUGAUUAAAGCAAUAGAGAUGGUGCUGGAACUGAUUUUUAGAAGUGCAGUUUUUUUUUUCUUUUUCUUUUUCUUUUCUUUCUUUCUUUUUUUUUUUUUUACAAGGCGCAAUUGAAGAUUGACUGCUGUAUUGGUUGAAACUUCCUCCAGAUAAGCAAGCCUUAUGAGCAUUAAAAAAAGGCGAGCUUCUAAAACAGGGCAAUGAAGUUCGUACAGUGAUUUUCUUGAUUAUGCUCCUGAAAUGUAACGUGAUACAUCAAUAGCAGACCAUGGUGUGUAUAUUUGUGCCUGUUAUUUAUGCUUCAGAAUGGAACCAGGGUGAUAAAAAUGAAACCGUGACUCUCUUUUUAAAGGUAAAAUACUGCCUCUUGAUUUUGGUUUUCUGACCCUCUUUGAAGUUCAUUAUGUUUCUGUCUGCUUUCCAAUCAUUUCUCUUGCUUUUCCCUGAGUGUCAGUCUAGUCCUGCUCAGCCAUUAUACCCACAGUGCCCAUGGGGUGGCACCCUAGCAGUUGUCUCCUUGUUUUUAGGAAGUACCAAUGACGUAAAUGAUUGGGAGCGAUGCUUUGCCAGUACACAGUACACACAAUUAUACACAUGCUUCAGUUGGAUUUUUGGAAAUAAAAUGAGGGGUAUUUUGUUUUAUUUUGUUCUUGUUUUGUUUUUCAGAAAAAUUGAUAUAUUGGCCCACGAUUCCAAAGACUGCUACUUGUUGAACAUGUCUGGAACUUGUUGAAAUCCCAACAAAAAUCAGUCUAUUGUCUGGGGACUUUAACAGUUUGAUAUAGAAUAAACUCAACGAGAGUGAUGAAACUUAUUUGCUGAGAUAUGUUGCUGUUUUAUGGAUCAUUGUAUUACAGUGCUUCUGUUUAGUUGAAGAGGCACUAAUUUUACUCUACUAGUAGAGUACAGCUGUGUAUCAUUUCUGUUUUGAAUUGUUUAGCUAUAUACCUCCUGAUAUCUUUUUAAGUGCAUGAGAAAGUGAUUAAUGCCAUUAGAUGUGUAUUACUGGUUAAGCUUCAGUGAAACAGUCCAAUACGAUGUAUGGUUUACUUUUAGAAGAUCAAAGUGUUUCCUGUUGUCAGUUCAUUUGCAGUGUAAUUUAACCUUUAUUUGCAUUGAAAAUUAUCUGAAUGUCUCAAACACAAAGCAGUUAUGGAAUCUGAAUGUUGACUGAAGUGUCUGCUAAAUACAGAUUACAAUAAUUCCUUAUAUAAUCAUUUCAGGUUUUGAUUUGGUCUCUUAUAACAAAGCUUCUCCAAUGUGACGGUCCCUCUGCCCUAAUCCAUCUUUGAUCUAAGAUUACAGAGAGCUUAAAAAGAAACCAUUACAUAGACAGAGGGCCAUCCUCAUGGAGACACUUGUCUUUAUUGUGGAAAAAAGGCCUCUAAUAUAUCCCAUCACCUUUUUCUACUGCUCACUGGUCAUAUUGUAAUGUCUCUGUGUGACACUUAAAAUGAUGAUUGUCUGAGGCUUCUGUGUUUUCUCAGCUGAUGAGAUUUCCUCUGCACACACCGGCUUCUUGGGCCUAGUGUUUUGAGUCUGCUUCCCCUAAUAUGUGGCACUUGUCUCUUGCUCUUUACAAAAUAACAAUCUAAUUAUUUUUUUGGUCUGAGUAUGCUUUUAUAUUAAAAUGAAUAAAGGAAAACUAGUAAAUAA